CCGUGUGAAGUGAAGAAUUGUUUCGUUAGUACAAAGCAAUUACACAGAUUAAGAGAACAUGUACACCAAUAUCUUCAAACGCCGCACAUGCGGGAGAUUCUUGGAGAAAUCGUUUUGCUAUUUACUCAUUUUUGUGAUAAAUCCUUCUUUCUUUAUAUUUGAAAUAUUAGUCGUCCGACCGAUCGUCGUCAAAACAUACAAUUUGAGUCAAUAUAAACACGUAUUUCAUAUAAUGUGCUCGACAUUUUGCUUCAUAAACAUCAUCGGGAACAUGAUGUUGUGUAUUCUCACCGGGACGAGUUUGAAAGGAACCGUCUGCUCCGACAGCUACUGCGCUCAGUGCGAGACCAAUCGGCCCGCGGCGGCGUGGCACUGCGCGACGUGCAACACUUGCGUGCUGCGGAGGGACCACCACUGCUUCUUCCUAUCCCGCUGCAUUGGAUUGCAAAACCAGCGAUAUUACAUUCUCUACGUCGGAUACUUAUUCAUAGCGCUGGGUUAUUCUACUUACUACAAUUACUAUUAUAUUUUGACAAAAUUCGAAGACGAUGACUUAUACUUGUCAGUGUUCAGAGUCCUUAAUCCGUUACUCCGUUAUGUGACACCAGAGCCGCUGGCUAUGAAAGAGCUGUAUGUGUUGUUUUUGUUCUUAAACUCGGGUCUCGUCAUUUGGUCGGGGGUGUUAUUCUGGUUUCACAUGAGAAACGUUUUUAGAGGAGUGACGGCUCGUGAAUAUAAGCACAGCCGUGGAGUAGCUUGGGUUGAAAUGAAGAAAAAUUUCGUCAGUGUUUUUGGCACGAGAUGGUACUGGGCGAUAUUGUGGCCGCUCGCAGACAGUCCCCUGCCGACCGGUGGAAUAAAGUACGAUUGA